GAAUGAUUUAAUUAGCUCGUCAACCAGCUGCCAUUUAGCUCCGGAGAAGAGAAAAAGCGCUUUGUACAAUUUCAAUUUCACGUUGGUCAGAACAUUUCUCAUUUUGCGUUUCACACGGAAGACUAUUCAUGUUGCGCACGACCACGGUGUCGUCACGUGUGUUUUGAAAAGUUCUCAUGAAUGGAGCAGAACACGCAGUUCAAGUCGCAGCUCACGUCUUCUAACGUUAUACGCGCUGGGAACUUUUACAUGAGCUUCUCUACCUUUUUUUGUCUAAAGAAACCGCUCCGGGCUGCCGAAUACCACUUUUGCCGGAUGAUUGUACCGUCUUUAUUUUAACGCAAUUAUACUAACGUAGCGUUAGCAUUAAGCUAUCUCUGAUAGCAGAAUCGGUCCAAAGUAGUAAUACGGCAGUGGCAAGCAAAACGUGUCGUUAAAAUGGUGUUUUUCACCUGCAACGCCUGUGGUGAAUCCCUGAAGAAAGCCCAGGUUGACAAACACGUGGGCAUGUGCCGGGGAUGCCAGGUCCUUUCCUGCAUCGACUGUGGAAAAGAUUUCUGCGGUGAUGACUACAAGAACCACACGAGAUGUAUCAGUGAAAACCAGAAGUAUGGAGGCAAAGGCUUCGAGGCCAAGGCCAACAAAGGAGAUGUGAAACAGCAGCAGUGGAUUCAGAGAGUCCAUGACGCCAUGAACAAACCUGGAGUCAGUACGAAGCUAAAGGGUGUACUCCAACAAAUCAGUUCAUAUGAAAAUGUCCCAAAGAAGAAGGCCAAGUUUCAGAAUUGGAUGAAAAGCUGUCUUAACAUAGCCAACAGCAGUCUUCAUGAUGAGGUGUGGGACCUCCUCACUGCAGUUGACCUUUCUCCUGAGGCCCCCCAAGAGACUAAAGCAGCUGAAGAGACCGUGGCUGAAGUCAGAGUGGAUUCUAAUGGAAAUGAAAAACAGAACGGCCAUCAAGACGGCGGGAAGAAGAAACUGAACAAACGUGAGCGCAAAGCGGCACGUCAGCAGAAGAAUGGGAAGGCGGUGAAAGGUGCCGAUAAGACUGUUGCAGAGGAGCCAGAAGGCAAAAAGAAAAAGGACAGAAAGAGAAAGCACAGCUCUGAAGAAGAUGAAGAGCAGAAUGGUGCCGAUAAUGAGACAUCCAGCAAGAAGUCAAAGACAAUUGACGAAGAGGCUGCUGAGACUUCAGAGACCGAGGAUCAAAAAGUUCCCAGAGGCAAAUUCAACUGGAAGGGAAAUAUCAAGGCUGUACUCAGAGAAUCUGCUGACCAGGAACUGCCAGUAAAAAAACUGUAGAAGAAGAUUUUGGCAGCAUACUACUCUUUUACUGGUGAUGGGAAUUUUAAAAAAGAGGAGGAGGUGCUUGCCCUUUUCAACAAGAAGAUCAGCAACAAUCCAAAAUUUAGAGUCUUGAAAGACCGAGUUAGACUUGUAAAGUAGGUGUAUGACUCACCCGUCUGGCACAGAAUGUAUGUUAUUAGACUUUUAAAAUUGAAAUGCCAUUCUUGUCUUCAAUCUUCGCUUUGAUGUUUUUGUACAGAUGACCAAAUUUCGAGGAUUAAAUGAUUUUAUAACACAA